AUGGCCAAAGUGAAUGCCAUUGGAAUCGACCUUGGAACAACGGAUUCCUGUGUGGGAGUCUUUGUGAAUGGCAAAAUGGAGAUAAUAGCCAACGAGCAAGGCAACAAGAUCACCCCGUCCUAUGUGGCUUUCACCGACUCGGGACGGCUCACUGGGGAAGCGGCGAAGAAUCAAGCGGCCGUCAAUCCGCACAAUACGAUCUUCGGUGCCAAGCGCUUAAUUGGCCGCAAAUUCGAUGAUCCAGCCGUUCGAUCGGACACGAAACACUGGCCAUUCAAAGUUGUCGCAGCUGAUACGAGAAAACCGCAAAUCGAAGUCAUGUACAAGGGAAAUAAGAAAAUCUUCACGCCAGAGGAGAUUUCUGCGAUGAUCCUUACCAAAAUGAAAAUGACAGCCGAAGCGUUCAUUGGCUCGUCAGUCGAGGAUGCCGUCAUCACCGUGCCCGCUUACUUCAAUGACUCUCAACGUCAAGCUACAAAAGAUGCUGCAGCAAUUGCUGGCUUAAACGCGUUGCGACUCAUCAACGAGCCGACGGCUGCCGCAAUCGCCUAUGGAUUGGACAAGAAAUUCGAUAGUGAACGCAAUGUGCUCGUCUUCGACCUUGGCGGUGGAUCGUUCGACGUGUCGAUUCUGACGAUUGAAGACGGGAUUUUCGAAGUCAAAUCCGUUGCCGGUGACACGCAUCUUGGAGGCGAGGAUGUCGACAAUCGAAUGGUCGAUCAUUUCAUUGCCGAGUUCAAACGCAAACACAAGAGAGAUCUGUCAACAAAUGCCAAAGCUGUUCUUCGUCUGCGAUUGGCUUGUGAACGUGCCAAGCGGACACUCUCUUCAUCUUCUCAGGCUCAGAUCGAGAUCGACUCGCUCUUUGAUGGAAUCGAUUUUUACACCAGUAUCACACGAGCUCGCUUUGAGGAACUUUGUGCCGAUCUCUUCCGCUCAACAAUGGAUCCAGUCGAAAAAGCUCUUCGUGAUGCUAAAAUGGACAAAUCUUCUAUUCAUGAAAUUGUGCUUGUUGGAGGAUCGAGUCGAAUUCCUAAAGUACAAGAAAUGCUUUCGGACUUUUUUUCGGGCAAAGAACUCAACAAGUCGAUCAAUCCGGAAGAGGCGGUUGCUUAUGGUGCGGCCAUUCAAGCAGCUAUCCUAUCCGAGGAUAAAUCUGAAGCCAUUCGAGAAUUGCUUCUUUUGGAUGUGAACCCACUCACCCUUGGAAUCGAGACUGCUGGUAGCCUUGAGGGAAAAAAAAUGACAGUUGCACGCUUCGCUAAUACUUUCGACAAAAAGGAGAUCAAAACGAUUUCUGACGGAACCGAGUCUAUCAUUGGGGUGAUGACAGCGUUGAUGAAAAGAAACACGACCAUUCCAACGAAAACGUCCGAAAUCUUCACGACAGAAGUCGACAAUCAGCGGGAAGUGCUCAUUCAAGUUUACGAGGGCGAGCGUGCGAUGGCCAAGGACAAUUAUCUACUGGGGAAAUUCAAGCUUUCCGGAAUGCCUUCAGUUCUUCGUGGAAUACCAAAGAUUGAGGUCACAUUCGACCUCGACCCCAAUGGAAUCCUCAACGUGUCUGCAACAGACCAGGCGACUGGCAAGGCUAAUAAAAUCACGAUCACUAAUGAUAAUGGCCGGCUUUCCAAGGAAGACAUUGAGCGUAUGAUAAAAGAAGCUGAACAAUUCAAUGCCGACGAUGCUCUGCAAAGGGAACGAAACGAGGCAAAGAAUGCUUUCGAGUCAUUUGCUUUCAGCUUGAUGGAAGCACUCGAAGAUGGUAGGACAAUCGAGGAACAGUGCACUGAGACUAUUCAUUGGCUCGAGACAAAUCAAACUGCUAAGAAGGAGGAGUUCGAGCGUCGACGAAGAGAAUUAGCGGCAAUCUGUGAUUCGUUCAUAAAGAAGAUUAAUGAGGCAUCAAAAAUUGCUUCCGAUUAC